GUCGGCGUUAUCGCUGCAAUGGCGGCUGCGGACGAGGGCGGCAGUGUGUGGCUCGGUCGGAAGCGUUCAGUCUCUACCUCGGAGCGGGCUGGGACGCUCCCGUGUUUCGUUCCCGAGCAGGCGCGCGGCGCCGGGACCGCGUCUUCGCUCAGUAGCGCCGAGACGUGGCCGCUGAAGCGCUACGGCCGCUUUGUCUCCCCGGGAGACCCACCCUGUGGGGCGGGAGCUUCGGUUUCUUGGAAGGUUUUGGAGUCAAAUGAAGAAUCAGGCCAUCUUAUUCUCACCAUUGUUGUAUCUGGACAUUUCUUCAUUUCCCAAAGACGGGCAGUACAGGAAGGUUUUUCAUUAAUUGAUGCCCACAAAUGGUUGAAGAUAGUAAGAAGAGCAGAUUGUCUGUUGUUUGGUUCAAAGUUAAAAAAUGAAUGCCGCAUGUUUCGUAUUCAGUUUGGUGGAGAUUCAAAAGAGCAGGCGCUGGAACACUGCUAUAAUUGUGUGCAGAAACUUGCAGACUAUGUAACAGUUCAGGUAACAGAUGAGCAAAGCCAAGAGCUGCACCAAGGUCAUAGUCAGCUGGCUAACAGUGAAAGUCGAGUGAAGGACUUUGAACAAAACACAUCGAUGCUGCAUGGACCAAGUCACAUUAUAGAUAAGCCUCCAGCCCAGUCAUGCAGAAGCUUUCCAGAGAGACAGAGAUCCGUGACAGAGCUGGCACAGUCUGUGCUGAAAUCCUCAACAUUUGCGCUCCCCCUUGCAUAUCAGCAUUCUGUGUGGAGUGCUGAAGAAUUAGGACCUUUUAUUCACCUAUGUCUCAUGGAUCAGAACUUCCCAGCAUUUGUGGAAGAAGUGGAGAAGGAGUUGAAAAAACUGACAGAAGGUUGAGGAAAUGUUAAUACAGUAUUUCAGGUAAUAACAAGUAGAGUGGAUACAAAUUUGAGAAAGUCUAGGUUAUUUUUGGUCAGUGUUUUAUUUUUAAAAACAGGUGAAUCCACUGUUUAUACAUCAUUGCACUUCAACAAAUACACAGAACACAAGUUCAUGCAUCUACAGUUAUGCACGGCAUGAGAACCCUGUUAGGUCUGUAAUUCUACAAUCAAUCUUUAAAUGAACAUGAGAAAUUACAGUGUCAAACUGAAGAGUAUUACUAGUUGCAUAGAAUAUCACCAUGCUGUAACAUUUCAACAUCAUUUAAAACAAAAAAGUAAAUUAUAAAAGUUGCCUGAAUUGAAUGUACAAGAAUAUGUUGAACACAUCAGUGCAAAAGGAUUUGAGAAUUUACAUGAUUUAACAAAAAAAAAAAAAAAUCACUUAAAAAGCAAUCAUAUAUAUAUAUAUAUAUUUAUAAACUGAAGUUUGUACUACAAUUCAUCACCACUUGUUGGACUGUUCCAGCUUUUAAAGUCUUUGAUUACAGGACACCCAAAUCUUUCUAUAUAGGUUAAGCCCUUAAAAUAAUUUCAAUUUAUAUUACUCCUCUUUAAGUACCAGAACAGUAUAAUUCUCUCAUCUCUCAGACAUACAAUAUAAGGAAUGAAUAUCAGCAGCUUAAAAAUGAAACACUUACUGUAUUUUGGUUUUCCUCUUCCCAAAAAAUAUAAAUAUAUACUGUAUAUAUUUUUAGGUUUUGCUGUACUUUACAAAAAGUUAUCACUAGAUGGCAGCAGUGCAUUUUAGAGCUUUGCCAAUUUAACAGCUACAUUAAGAAAGUAAAAAAUGGCGCAUGCAUGAUUUGACUUUACUUCUAAUGUUUAAAUACCUUAAGGGAAAAAAGCAACAUUCACAGCACAUCAAGCCCAAAAUAGUUUACACCUUCUACACUGAAGCAUUGUUAAAAUGUGUCUGGGUACGUCAUCCUUACAGGACAGGCUAAAUAAGGCAUGCUUUUUUAGACAGUCAUAUUGUUGCUCACUUGAAAGGAAAAAUCAAAUA